AUGACAUCAGCAACAUCGUCGUCGUCCACAACAUCAACAUCGUCAACAACAACAACAACAAUUCCUGCCAUCAUUCCUCGAGCUGCCGUGGCAGUGACGGUCCAAACAAUCUUUCAAGGAACGUAUUAUUAUCUUUUGAUUCAACGCAAGAAUCCACCCGACGCUGGGAAAUGGUCCCUCCCGGGUGGUAAAAUUGAAUUGGGGGAACCGACGUUGCAAGCGGCCCAACGAGAAUUGCAAGAAGAAACCAAUGUAGCAUCAUCCAACGACUGCUGCCAAUGGUAUCCAUAUCCCUUCAUGACGACCGAUGCGAUUGUUCAAAACACUGAUACUGUUGAUGGUGGAUCCUAUUCCUUUCAUUAUCUGAUUGCCCAGUGCUUUGCACAAUUAUUAUUGGUGGGACGAGAGCAAGAACAUACUACUACUACUAAUAAUAAUAAUCAUGAGACGGUACUACUACUACUACCACCUUUGGAAGCAAAUGACGAUGCACUCGAUGCCAAGUGGUGGACCAUUCAGGAAAUUCAGACGGAGCUGGUUCCAAACAAGGCUAUUUCAGACAUGGUAGUGCAUGUCAUUUCACGAGCAGAAGAGCUAUGUGAAAAGGGUUGCUUGAAUACAGAGUAG